CCGAUUCCCAAGCCUCCCCCCCAAAAUGGCUGGGUACCAACUUUCAGUAACCUCAACGGAGCUACGCAGGCGGAUGAUUAUUUGACCUACGGACUUGUUGACACCAUUGAAGAUUGUGAGACCAUGUGUCUCAACGUCGAAGGAUGUAAUUUCAUUAACACCUACCAUGAUGUCAACGGCAAGGACGGGUCUCCUCAACUGACUUGUGCGUUGUUCUCGCUGUGCCACGACGCUUCCGACGCCGACAACAAAGGCGGUCAGACUCAACCGGACGGAAGCGUCGACUACAUUACCGACAGCAAUGGUUUCUGCAAGCACUCUUAA